UUUUCCAGAUAGCGUAGCCCUGAGCCGUACCUUGAUAUGGAUUUGUAUAUCAAUUUUUUACUUGAUAAAAAGGCAUUUAUUAUUUUUCUUAAUUUUUUGGAAUAAAGUCACCAGGGUGAUUCAAUCGUGAACAAUGACCUGUUCCGAUUAUCACCAAAUUUAUUUCUUCUAAAAAUAUAAUAACUCAAAUUUAAUAGUAGGUCAAUUUGUAAUGUGCUGUUAAUUAUGUAAUUUUUUUUAUUUUAAAUGCCAAUGAAGCAACAUAAUUCAUUUCACACGCAGCUUAGUUCCACACAUCAGGGAAUAUGCACGUUAAUGAAAAAGACAAGCCAUUUUCUGCUCGGAAAAUUUUGUUGAUUACUUUAAUGGUCGACCAGAAUAACGGUAGGAAAACGACAUAAUACCCACAGUUGUGCCUCUAUACUUAUAGUUUUAAGCACAAUAGUUACUUUUUUGCAUCAACAUUGUAAAAUACGUCUAUUUUUUUUCUAUUCGCAAGAUAUGAUGCACUUCUUUCUUACAGUUUUAAGCUUGUUCUUAAUUAACAUAAGAUCUAAUGCAGCUUUUGAAAACGUUUGUGUGAAUUUGAAUGAUAUUUUAUCACCAAAAUGGAUGCCAGCAACUGUUUUUGACAAGGUGGUUCCAAGAACUCACGAUUAUCAGGAUCUGAAUGGGACAGUUAAUGAUUUUGAUAAAGAAGCAACUUUAGAUGGAAGUAUUGAACAGGCCAUGAAAACCAUGUCGUUUCAUAGGUCGAUGAUAAAUCAAUAUCUUUGCCGCAACUACGUGGCAAACCAAAUAGUAGCUGAAGUGUCCAAAAAAUCAUUUCAUAAGAGGAUGGGAGAAGAACUAGGGAUGGACGAACCAAACAUAAAAGAGAGAGAGACUUUAAAAAAUAAUAUGCUUACAGAUCAAGGACUAGCUUCAUAUGAAGAUUGGUUAAGGAAAAGUGCAACUUUGAAUGACAUAUAUCGAAAUCAUAAUAAAAGAGCAGACAUGUCAGACGAAAACCUGGAGGAUAUUAGGAAAACAGAUAUUCAUGAAAAUGAUAAAAUUUCUGCUAUAUCUACAAAACAUGACCAUGACUAUCACGUGCUAACAGAUUCAGCAGAUUACAUAAUAUACGAUAGUGGCGGGCACCAUAACUACUACAGUAAUCACCCGCCAGCCCAUUACCCCCCCAAAACCUAUUACCAAUCUUAUAAAAAGCCAUCCUACAAUAAAGGAGAAAAAUUAGCUGAUCUGUUCGAACUGGCCCUUACGACUUUGGCUUUUUUGUCCUUUGGGAUGUUUCUUUUGCAUUUGCUUAUGUCAAUAUCUGUUGUCUCAAAUAAUAUGACAACUACUGUUAGUACCAGGAUAGUGAAAUUUAAUGCAGCUCCGGCAGCUGUAAAUGCAGAAUCGUACGAGACUGGUUAUGGACUAGAUACGGAAUCUCCAUUAGCAGAUUCUGGAGAAUAUAGAAAGUUUCGGUCAAUACAGGAUACUAUAACUGAUAUCAAUCCCGAUAACACAAUUUCCAAUGAAAUGGCAAAAAGAACCUUAAAAAUCUUCAGUGCAGCAAUAGAUAUAGACAAAGAUAGAGGUGCCUGUCUACAAAAUGCUUUGUGUAAUGCUUCAACAUAUUCUAGGCACGUGCAGGGAAGAAAUAAACUUUAUAUGGGACUAUUAAGUUUUGGUACCAGCUGGCUGGCGGAAAAUUUAUCCAAUCAAUUCGUCUCUAAAAUUCAAGCACUACAAGCAAGCCUUUUAGGGUUAGGCUUGGCUAAUUGUGAUAGAAUUUAUAAAAAAUGUGAAUAAAAAACAUACCUG